CCAAACACAACCUUAAAAAUACUGAUUAAUAAGAACUGCAUGUCUACACUCAAUCUUCUCUCCCUCACAAACAUGGAACUAUUCAUUCACUUCCUUCUGUUACUCAUUCCCAUCCUACUCUUCCUCUGUUUCUUUCUUGCCGCAAAGCACCAGCAAAAACCCACAAAACCCGGCCUCAAAAUGUAUCCUAUCUUCGGAGACUUGCCGGACUUCCUACGGAACCGCCACCGCUUCCUCGAAUGGACCACCGACGUCCUCUCCGCAUGCCCCACCAACACCACCGCCUUCAGCCGUCCCGGAGGAGUCCGCGGCGUCUUCACCGCCAACCCUCUCAACGUCGAGUACAUGCUCAAGACCAACUUCGAGAACUACCCAAAAGGCCUCCGUUUCAUAAAUCUGCUCCAAGAUUUCCUCGGAAGCGGAAUAUUUAAUUCCGAUAGCGACCAGUGGAAGACCCAACGAAAAACCGCCAGCCACGAGUUCAGCACCAGAUCCCUCCGGAACUUUGCGAUGGAAACGGCGAGAGCGGAGCUUGAAACUCGCCUGAUUCCGAUCCUCAGAGAUGCGGCGGCCAGAAACAGAGUACUUGAUAUUCAGGACAUUCUUGAAAGAUUCGCGUUUGAUAACAUCAACAAGGUCGCAUUCAACGUAGAUCCCGGCUGUCUCACCGGAGACCGAAACGGCUCCGGCGAAUUCAUGCGAGCUUUCGAGGACGCGGCGACUCUGAGCUGCGGCAGAUUCAUGUACGUUAUUCCAUUCUUGUACAGAAUAAAGAAACUUUUAAACAUGGGUUCGGAGAGAAAGUUACAGAAAUCGAUCAAAAUCGUGCACGAAUUCGCCGACGAGAUCAUCGCGUCAAGAAUGGCAAAUCCGGCGGAGAAAACCGGCGAGGAUUUACUAUCAAGAUUCAUGGCAACCGGGGAAAACUCACAUUCCCCAAAAUUUCUCAGAGACGUUGUGAUCAGUUUCAUCUUGGCCGGCCGGGACACGACGUCGUCAGCGCUGACGUGGUUCUUCUGGCUGAUUUCAUCCCGGCCGGAGGUGGAACAGAGCAUACUCCAAGAACUGAGAAAAAUCCGACAAAAGACCGGCCAGCAACCCGGAGAAUCAUGGUACGGCUUGGAUGAACUAAGGGAAAUGCAUUACCUCCACGCGGCGAUCUCGGAGGCGAUGAGGCUGUACCCGCCGGUGCCGGUGGACACAAAGGCUUGCCUGACAGACGACGUUUUGCCGGACGGAACCUUCGUCGGAAAAGGCUGGUUCUUGACGUACCACACGUACGCUAUGGGGAGGAUGGAGAGCAUAUGGGGGGCAGACUGCUGGGAGUACAAGCCGGAGAGGUGGCUGGAGAAGGGGCUGUACAGCCCAACAAGUCCGUUCCGGUUCCCGGUGUUCCACGGCGGAGCAAGGAUGUGUUUGGGGAAGGAAAUGGCUUAUAUUCAGAUGAAGUCAAUUGCAGCGGCGGUGCUGGAAAGGUUUGAGAUGGAUGUGAUGAUGGAGAAGGGGAAGGUCCCUGGUUUUGUUUUGUCUCUGACACUGAGAAUGAAAGGUGGGUUGCCAGUCAUGGUCAGGGACCGAAAUGUGUGCAAAUAAUUAUAAUAAAAAAAGAGUUCUUGCAUAAGGCCUUUUGUUUUGUUUAAGUUGCUUUAGAUAAUCAUCAUAUUGAAAUGUCACAUUCAUGUUUUUGAAUUUGUUGAUGUAAAUGUGGUCGUUGAGGUUUAUCCUUCAACUCAUAGCCCAAAACGUGUCCUAAAGGUUUCGAAUAGAAGAGUAGGAAGAAAAGGUGAAGAAACAAGCGAGAAGAGGCACGUUCAUCCCUAACAUACAAGGCGUGAGGUCAUUCGUCCCUAGCUUAUGCUACGAGCUGUUACAAUGUUAUACUAUUAGAGUGCUUAAUUGUCAAGCCUUUACAAUGAAAUAAAUGUCUCUAUUUAUACUGCUAAUGGGUAG